AUGCUGGCACCACAAAACCAUGCCGUCGCCCUUGAUCUCGAUACAGAUACGAACAUUACCACCCUGACACCUCAAUUGAGCAACAUGGCUACUACCGAAUUCAUCAGUCUCACUUUUCCUAAUGCAUCGAAUGAACUACAACCCAUCCCUGGAGCAGGCGUCGAUAUCGAUUUCUUAGUCAGAUAUGCUCGCUCGUUGGAUGACUAUGGCUACAACUACACCCUCAUCCCUUAUGGUUCAACCGGCUUCGAUCCUUUUACGCUCGGUGCGACUGUCCUGGCCAAAACCAGGAAUAUCAAGGUCAUUAUUGCGUUGAGACCAAACACUCUGUAUCCCACUGUUGCGGCAAAAGCGCUUGCGACGCUUGAUCAGUUGAGUGGUGGACGUGUGGUUGUGCACUUUAUUGCUGGUGGGAGCGAUGCUGAGCAGGCCAAAGAAGGAGAUUUCAUUUCAAAAGAUGAGCGAUAUGGCCGCUUGGAGGAAUACAUCAAAAUCCUGCGACGCACCUGGCAAUCCAAAGAACCCUUUUCCUGGCAAGGCACCCACUACACCUUUCAAAACUUCCACAGCGACGUCGUCCCACACCACAAAACCAUCCCCGUAUCCGUCGGCGGCUCUUCCUCCGAAGCCUACCGCAUCGGCGGCUCUCUGGCUGACAUUUUCGGGCUCUGGGGCGAACCGCUAAAGGAAACCAAAGACCAAAUCGAGCGUGUGUAUGCCGAAGCGGAGAAGGCUGGGAGAAGCGAUCGGCCGCGGAUCUGGGUCACUUUUAGACCGAUUACCGCAGAGACUGAGGAGUUGGCUUGGGCGAAGGCGCAUAGGACGCUUGAUGCAUUGACAAAGCACACUGCAAAUGGUGUGGGAAAGUCGACUGCUGAUGCGCCACCGCCGCAGAAUGUUGGAUCUCAGCGUUUGCUGGAUAUUGCCAAGCGCGGCGAGGUCCAAGAUCGUGCGCUGUGGUAUCCUACUGUGACGGCGACGAACGCGAGAGGUGCAUCGACUGCAUUGGUUGGAUCGUAUGAGACCGUCAGGGAAUCGUUGCUCGACUAUGUUGAGCUGGGUGCUGAUCUGAUCUCCAUCCGUGGCUACGACAAUUUCAACGAUGCCGUCGAGUAUGGAACACACAUCCUGCCUGCAGUGAGAAGCGACAUUCGAAAGAGAUAUGGUUGA